GUCUUUUUAUCUUGUACAUAAACGAUGUCGUUUAUCUUGCAGCGGGAAAUAAACAGAGCUCGACUUUUUCAUUCUUCGUCGUCUCCGUGAGAUUGCUACAAAUUAGACUCAAGAGUAAUUUCAAUCGGUACGAAAUUAUCUGGAAUUGCCGAUUAUUCACAGUUAAAUGGAGCGAUUGGAAGAGGAAUUGAUACGAAGAUCAGAACCGGAGUCUCUGGUCUCCGUCACUGUAGGUAGGUUCAUGAGUACGCUUCUCUCAGCUCGCCCUAAAAAGCUACGGGAGUCUAUUUCCCGUCUUUCUCCUGAUUCUCAAAAGGGUUCCUCAGGCUCUAUCGAUGAGGCACUCUGGUUUUUGGAAAAAUGCGUUAGAGACGCUGCUGAGAAAGACGAAGCCAUGGGUGAAAUUCUUGUACCCAUUAUUGAACAUACAUUAAGGUUUAAGGAUUCUAAGCAUGGUAACCCAGCUAUGAUACUUCUAAAUUGGCUAUUUCAAGAUGAAGUUCUCUUUCAAGCCGUUUCGAGAAAUCUGUCGAAUAUCAUUUUGAGGAACGAGGACAGGUUUUUAGCGCUUGGAUGGUGUUUACUUAUCCGACGUCUUGUAGAAUGUGAGGAUACUGGGGAUCAAGGUUUUUGGCAUGGAAUUAGGGAGAAACAUUCUAUGUUUCUGGAGAUUGUUUCAUCUUGUGUGCCUCACUUGUUGAUGAUCGUACGCAAUGGAAGCAUUUUACAGGAUGGAUAUGAAGUGCCAUCUCGUCUUUCUCUUUCUGCUGCUGAUUGCUUGCUGUCAAUUACUGGAGCCUUAGCAAAGAGGGAUAAUACUCUGGUCAAUAGACCAAAGCCAUCAACCAUUACGGGGUCUCAUCAACCUGUUGCUUUGAUACCUAAUAUUAGCGAGAAGAAAAAGAAGCAGAGUUUUCUACCUGAAGACUCGAACAUUGAGGCAAAUUGUUUACUGUGGAACCACCUGGAGGAUCUGACACGCCUUGUACAAUGUCUCUUUGCUUGGAACAGAAAAACUCGACUACUGCAUGCAAAGGGCUUAAGUCAAGUGAUGAAGUGGUUAAUUGAGUUAAAAGAGCAUCAUGGUGGCUCCCAAAAGGAGGCAGGCUCAGAAGCAUCUGUGAGUGGAGCUCUACUGCUCUCUUCUUGUUGGAGGCAUUACAGUGUCUUGCUCCACAUGGAAGAUCAAAAGUUUUCAAAGAUUAGUAAGGAUUUGUUGGAGCAAUAUUUGUCUGGUAUUAAGUAUUAUUCAGAAAGUUAUCCCCAGGGAUGUUCUGACUCCAAAACUGGUGGUAUAGAGACACAAAAGUUUUUCCUAAACUGUUUAUGCCUUUUGUUGGGCCGCUUUGAGGGAAAGAAAUUUGAGUGCAUACUAUCAGAGUAUGGAAUGAAGCUCGUGCCUUGUCUUCUACAUCAGCUUCGCAGUAACAAUGAAGAGAUAUCAGAAGACGUUGUUGCUAUAUUUAAGGCAGUCAUCUUUAAACUACAAUCUCAGUCCGGAGACAGCUUUUCUGAUACAAUGUGCAUGGAUGUUGUGAUACCAUCGCUGCUUCACCUUCUUGAUGAAAGGGAUGGCGCGGCCAAAGCUGUUAGUGUCCUCCUCGCUGACUAUUGUUCCAAGAAUGCAGAUAAUAACUGUCUCAGUGAAGUUCUACAACGCCUUGUUUCUGGAACUUCUGCGCAAAGGCUGAAUUCUAUGGAUGUGAUAUCAGAAGUAAUCCUUAUGUCAAAAGAUUCAUUUCCUUCUCAUAUACCCUGGAAAGAGAUUGCGGACUGCUUGUUAAAGUGCCUUGGAGACGAGGAAACUUGUAUCUGUAAACAAACUUCAGAGUUGCUGAAGUCAAUUGAGCCAUCUUUUGUGCUACCAGAUUUAGUAACCCUCAUUUAUGCACCCAAUGGAAAAGUACAAUCAUCAGCUACCGAAACCUUGCUUGGGGUCCUGAAACAUCAUAAGGAGGAUUCUGAUGUUAUAUGUAUGUUGCUGACCUGUCUUAGUAAUAUUCAAGCUUUGGAUACUUCAGAUAGUAAUGGACAUUCCACUGAAGGUUCAACUUUUGACAGUGAUCGAGUGCUAAAGCUGAUACCAGAGUGGGCUAGAAGUGUACAAAACUGGGACUCACUGAUCGGACCUUUGCUUGAGAAGAUGUUCUUGGAGCCAUCCAAUGCCAUCUUGGUUAGGUUUCUUAGUUGCAUCAGUGAAUAUUUGGCAGAUAAGUCGGACUUGGUCCUUCCGCAUGUACUUUCACAUAUGAAGAAGCAAAACAAGGUGGAUGAGAGCUUCAUAUCCAGAUCUGAUACUAAAAGUUCAGUUGACGAAACUAAAUCGGAGAAAUCUCUAUUUGACCACCUUUGCCCACUGCUUAUAUUAAGACUGCUUCCCCAAAGAGUGUUUGAUGAUAUUGAUUCUUCUACAAUUUAUGGUAAAUUCCUCAGCGGGGACUCUGUGAAUGACUACCAAGACAUCAAGUUUGAGGAUUGUCAAUGCAUUGCCGCUUUCAUUUUGGAAAGGGCAUUUUCUAAGUUCGAAUUUGAAGAAGUUAGGAAACUCUCUGCUGAGCUAUGUGGACGUCUCCAUCCCCAGGUGCUAUUUCCAACUAUUUUAUUGCAACUUGAAAGGGCCACAGAGCUACAAGACAGCCUCAAGAUUAAAGCUUGCCUAUUUUCUAUAUGCACAUCCCUUGUGGUUCGAGGCUGGGAGUCUUUCUCACACAGUGUGACACCUAAGAUCAGGAAAGUCCUGGAAAAUAUUUUGUUAUGGCCUUCUGUUGAAGAUGAAAUUUCCAAAGUACAACAUGGGUGCAUUGAUUGUCUGGCACUGAUGAUAUGUGCUGAACUGCAACAUCUUAAAUCUUUGAAAACAUCUGGAGGAGAACAAAUACGUACAACAGGGAAGGACACAUCUGGUGUUGAUGCGUCAGGUAAUUCUGUCCUAGAUUACACAAUCCAUUGUUUAGUAGAAGACAGAAGUAACUGCUCGUCUAUCUCAAAGCUGAGUACUGGUGAAAAUCCUCUUCCUGUUCCAUUUCGUCUGUGCAUGGCAAAUGUGAUCAUUAGUGCUUGUCAAAAAAUCCCCGAGUCUUCCAAGAAGACUUUUGCUCGAAAAGCUCUUCCGCCGCUUAUUCAUUCCCUCAAGGUCAUAUCUGUACCUGAGGUCCGUGCAGCCUGUAUCCAAGUCUUAUUCUCGGCCAUGUACUAUCUUAAGUCCACACUUCUUCCUGUUUCAUCUGAUCUACUGAAACUUUCCCUGAGAUUUCUUGAACAAGGAUCCGAAAAGGAAAAGCUGGCUGGCGCUAAGCUGAUGGCAUCACUGAUGGCGAGUGAAGACAUGAUACUGGAAAACAUUUCAGAGGGAUUGCUCGAAGCAAGAUCAGUUCUAUCCAAAGCAUCUUUGUCAGAUCCUUCUCAAGACGUACGUGAAGUCUGUGCUAAGCUCUUGGCAUGCAUAACGCCGUUGUAACCUGUGUUCUUUCUUUUUUUUGCCACUUUUGGUUUGUUCGUGCCAAUGAAGUCGGUAUGUAGAU